GCGACGGGUGCCUCCCUCCCCACACGCCAGCGCUUUCCUCCCCGCGCUCCGCCGUCUUCCUCCCCGAGGUCCGGCUGCCUUCCCCCUUCCCCGAGGACCCACGACUGCAACACUGCCACCCAACCCCUUCGUCUUCAAGCCAGGGAUCUGGGCCGUCCUCGUCGCCGCGGUGGCCCUACUUCCCAGCGGGGGGCCACCGCCAGUCCGCCGACCACGUCCCGAUCGCGUGCAAGGACGCCGUGGCCAUCUUGUUCAUGUUCGAUCUCACCAGCCGGUGCACGCUCAAUAAUGUUACCGAUUGGUACGAGAGGGCCAGGAAAUGGAAUAAGACGGCUAUUCAGAUCCUAAUAGGAACGAAGUUUGACGACUUCGCUCAGCUUCCUCUUGAGAUGCAAUGCACCAUUGUCGAUCAGGUACUGCAACUCUACAAUAGUUUUCGUGCGAUCAAACCAUUGUUUCACUUUUGUCUUUGUUUCGGACGGUCUUGGGUGACGAACCUUCAACACCUCCAAUGCACUAUAGUUAUUGGCAUAGAAAGAUGAGACCAUACCUUGGUUCUAACGGUAGGAUGAG